AACAUUUUUCAUAAUGUGUUAAUGUAUUUAGUGCAGUUAUAAAAUUAAAUCUGCACUAAAGCGUCUAAAGCAAUUGAUUACUUUUUGUUUGAUUUUUACUUAUUUCUGAAAUGUUUUGCUAUCAAAUUAAAAAGUUUUCUUGAUUUUAAGUUGUAAAAACUAUUUAAAUAAAAUUAUAUAAUUACCAAAAAGUAACAACAAAAUAUGAAAUUGGCCACAUAAACUCAAAAGAAUAUAUUAAUUAGUUCUAUGAAUUCACAAGACUUAAAUAUUGUAUAAGCGUUUGUGCUUAAUAUGUCAUAUGGUGGAAGCAGUGGACAAGAAAGUGAUAAAAAUGGGUUUUCAUAUAUGGACAACAUUCCUGUUAAGAUUAUUGAAAAAUAUAAGCCUCCAAAAAAGAUAGCAUUACCUGGUGUGUUACAACAUAAACCUACAUCUAACGCAUUAAAAACCCAGUAUGAUUUUAAUUUGGAAAAAAAUGUACUUGAGAAAAUGGCAAUAUGGAGUAAAAUACGAGAAGAAGCUAAAACUAGACGCCAUUUACAGGCUGCUGAGUUCAAAACACAAGAUUAUUUAGAUUUAGAUAAGUUAACACUGUUAAAUCCAGCACAACCGCAAAAUACUCAAGUUUUACAACCAAUACCUGCUCAACAAAUGAACUUAAAAAUGUCUUCAUAUGACACCAUGCUCACUAAAAAUAUAAAUAUAUCAGAUUUUGAGUCCGAUACAUCCAGUCCAUUUGACAACAUGGAAUUAAAAACUAUUAAUGAUUUGGAAGAAUUAGCUUCUGUCUUAAAACCAACAUCAGUCUAUAAUAAUACCAAUAUUAAAAAUGUUCAACCAUCUGAUAUAAAUGUUUCUCAAUAUUAUCCAAAACCUAUUUACAAUAAUUAUUCAGAACAUUUUAAUAGCAAUGAAUUUUUACAUAAUCCUAAUAUAAAAACUAAUCAGACUAUUAGUUCUAUUCCUAAGUCCAAUUCAAAUGUUAUUGGUGAUAAAAAUAGUGUAGCAACUUUGCCACCCGUUACUAUGCCAAAUAUUUUAUUACAAUUGGAGGCUGAUUUAAAUACUUUAAAGUAUAAUGAUGAAUCACCAAAUGAUCCACAAAAAUCUGUACCUCACAUUACAACAAAUGGGUCUAAAUCACCUACAUGCUCAUUUCCUAAUCCAUACAGAUCACUUUCUCCAACUAGCCAAUGUCUAGCAGAUCAAAUGCAUCAAAUGGGUUUUCCUUUAUCGCGUGCUGCACGAGCAUGCAAACUAUUUGGUAAAGAUGAAUCUAAGGUGAUAGAGUUUUUAAUUCAAGUACAUUCCAUUGAGGAGACUAGCGGAUAUACUGCUGAUCGUGUAGAACAAGCACUGGUGGUUAAUAAUUUUAAUGCUGAUCAUGCAAUCACUUUUCUUAAAAAUGUUGAUAGGCUUAUUGAUUUUGGAUUUCGAGAAGAAAAUAUAUGCAGUGCACUAGUGAAAUGCAAUAAUGAUCCUGAUAAAGCGCUUGAUAGUCUUGUGUCUUAUUAACUCAUUUGUGCACAAGAAUAUAUUAAUCUAUAAGAUAACGAUGUACUGUUCAGAAUUAUUAUUGACAGCCAAACAGGUGUAUUAGAUUUAUUGUGAUAUAUAUACAUUAUACACGUAUUACAAAAAUUGAAACAUUAUAUUUUAAAAUGGUAUACAUGUAUAAUUAUUAUAAUAUCUUUAUUUCAUGUAAAAUUGCUUUACACUGCUUUAUGUUCCCUACUUAUAUUCUGUUAUAAA